CAGGGUACUUUUUCUACGCAUAUAAGAUGUUUCACUAGUGGGGCUUCACCAUGCAAACUCAUGGAUGAAGACCCUGAGGCCAAGAUGAAGGAACAGAAAGAAGGCGGAGGAGAGGUUCGGUAUCGAGGCGUUCGGAGGCGGCCAUGGGGGAAGUUUGCUGCGGAGAUACGUGACUCGACUAGGCAUGGAGCGCGCGUCUGGCUCGGGACUUUCAAUUCUGCGGAGGAGGCUGCAAGAGCAUAUGACCGAGCUGCUUAUGCCAUGAGGGGUUCCUUGGCGAUUCUCAACUUCCCUAAUGAGUAUCAUACACCCGGCACGGCUAGCUCUUCAGCUUCAUCCUCAAUGCCCGAAGGUGAUCAGCAGGGAAAACAAGUCAUUGAAUUGGAGUACUUGGAUGAUAAGCUGCUAGAGGAUCUUCUCGACUCUGAAGACAAAAAGAACAAGAAAACCUGAAGUUUCUGCUGCCUCGAAUCCCCUGAAAUCUAGUGCUUCAUCGAAAAAAAAUCCCCUCGCUCCUGAUUAACAACAUUUUUAUUUUAGUCAAUGAAUGUGUUCUCGGAUCAUUAUAAGUAUUUCUGCCGAAGUCCAUUGAUUUUUGGAGACUGAAAAAUGUCAGAAAAAUUGGUGCGAACAGGUUUACUCCUUUCUAAAUUAUGCAAUUGAAGUAUUUGGAUUAGUGCGCAGUGUAAACAUCAAGGAAAGCAUGAUCCACUAUUUUAAGGAGCCUAAGUGCUUUCCCCUUUA